AAGCAUCCUGAGAGGAGUGCGUUCCCAUGAGGAUUUAUCUCUAUACCAGAGACUAUUUGUUCUAGUGUCCUGGAACAUUCACAACUGAAAAAAAUGUUGUUUACUGCUAAAAUAAACCAUGCUUUUGUGUUUGUCCUCAGAGUCAUUCCAGAGUCAUUCCCUCAGAGCACAACCUGUGGUAUGAAUGACACACAGUGGGCUGUAUGAUGUCCAUAACUGCUCAUCUGCCUGAACGGUUACGCUUUACCUGUUGACUUGUAUUGUCAUUUAAUCUUUGAUUUAUCUUGUGAUUUUAACAGACUGGUGGGAUCUUGUUUCCUUAGAGUAGAGAGAAGCUGGUGAUUAUAAAAAAAAGCCCAAGGCUAUAGUUGACAUAUAAUGUGGAUUUUUUUUUUUUUUUGAUUAUGUAACAGAUUUAUGUCAUGGUUUAUGCACUUGCUGGAAUCUUUGGCUGACAGACUUUUUAAUGAGCUUCUGUAGUAACAUAUUGGAAUAUACCACUGAGUGUGAAAGGACAAUGGUUGGCCUUUACAACACAUUAAUGGUCUGCUGGAAUGUGUCCAUCUCAGAGGGAAUGAGGUACAACAUCAUGCUUCUUUCUUGCUGUUCUGACAGUGCUUCUCUGUAAUAAAAGAAAAAAAACCAACCAAAAAAUAGGGGGCUGGGGGAGAUGGAGUUUGUGAAACCUUGUAUUUGUCUAGUGAACAGAAACAAAGCGAACAAGGAUCCAGUGAUGGGAGAGGUGUCAGGUCCCGGGCCAAAGCUGCAAUCGCCUCUUGCGUGAUUACCUCAUUUAGCGGCAGAGUGACAGAGUGUCAGAUGUGGUCACAGCGGGGUGAAAGUCUGCUCCAACGGGACACACAGAUUAUGACGGAAGCCUCCGUCUGAAGCUUGCGCUGCCCAGUUUGCCCCUCAGGUUCAGCAGCUCAACUGUUUGGCAAAAACAACCCUGUUAGGAGUACAGGCUCGGUAAAUGGAUAUCUACCCUGAGUCUCGCUCCACCAAGCCAGACCACUGAAUUAUUAAAAAAGAGCUGAGUCCUUCAGUUUCAAGUUGGAGCUAGCUAGUGUGCACAAACACACACACACACACGUGAAUAGACACACUGCAACUAGACCACUGACAAAACCCUGUUGUUUGUUGAAUGUUGUUUGUCCUGUCUUUAGUUUACUGCUAGAAUCCCACAGUGCACAUGCAUAAGGAAGCAGAUUACAUCUGAUAGCAGAUGAUGGGAUCUUUCACCUGCAUUGUGGACCUUGUAACUCAGUCUACCUGCUAUAAGUUGCUCCACCUUAAAGAGACUCAGUGCCAAAGCAAGCCUGUCAGCACGUCAGAUUUCAGCUUUUGCACUAUUUGUCUUCACUGGCAAGAAGUGCAGACAAACUGGAAAUCCUGGUUUUAUUUGAGCAGGUAUAGUGUGCAAGUGCGACGCUGGGAUUUGAGGACUGUGCUUCACUCCUCUGUGACUGUUGUCGGCUCUGCAGUUUGAACAACCAUCCAACCAGAUAUUUGAAUGCUGGCUGGUUUAUCUGUGAACAUGCUACAUCUCCUGCUUUGAAUAAUUUGAACAUCUGUCAGUCUCAACCUUUACAUGCAGAAUUGAUGUGUGAGAGAAAAGUCGAGCAGGACUGUAUGGUGUAGAGUAAUGACUCUGAAACACUUCCAGAGCUCCUCAACCAGAAUGACCCUUUGUGGGCCUUUGCACUCACGCAUAAAAACACACUCACAAAAGCAGAAGGAGGCAUGGCAGAGAUAAAGUUAGGAGGGGGUGUCAUGGGCUCACUGUCUGGGAGGUGGAGGUGACAAACUAUUUGUGUUCCCCUUUGGUUAACCCUGCACUGUGAAAUAUCACCUUAUCACAACAAUGGCGCUGCUUCUCUUGAAGGAGGUGCCCCGAUGUGACAAGCCAGGAGCAGGGCGCCCUUUUUGAACAGGGCCCGAAAUGCGGUUGCCAUGGUGAUGCCUGUCAACCGGGAAGUCCUCCACGGAGGCAGGCAGAGCGAGGACUGGGAGGGAGAGAGAGAGAGAGAGAGAGAAGGGGAGAGAUUGUGUGUCCUGGUCAGUUUGGUCAGAGUGUGUGAGAGAAAGCAGGGAGGAAGUGCAGCGUGGUUUACGUGCAGGACGACAGAAGGAGGUGUGAACUUGCUUGUUGGUGCCACUUUUAAGUUGAUUAGGAGCUCCGCUUUCAGUCACUGACCUUCUCCAUCAUCCAGCCCCUCAAGUCCAGCUUGUUAACGGCACUGAAUGACUGGGAAAAGUGAGGCAGCGAUAUACUUUUGAUGCUGAGCACAAGAUUUUGAUAAUCUGUCACACAAGGACCCAAACAGAUGCAGUCUCAGCAAAGUGCGGAAGUGGCUGGCGACCAGAAUGGCUCCAGGAUUAUCUUCUCCAGGGAGCCUGGAGGUUCCUCUGGUCAGCAGAUCUUAACUUCUCCAGAGUUGACCCAUGAGGUGAUCAUCUCUCCUGGACUCCCUACACCUCCUCUGAGCCCUUUUCGUUCUGCAGGGUUGCCAUUUGGAGAGUUCAAGGUAUCAGAAGUGAAUGGAAGUGGACCAACGACGCUCAGCUUUGGAUCUUACUAUGGCCCCCCACAAACACACGGUGGUCUGUCCAAUGGCGUUCAGAGCUCUGCCACCUUACCACGCAGCUGGGCUCCCAACAGGGAGGAGAGGUUUAUCAAGUUCUCAGGAAUCGGUCCAGUGGAUGAGACCGGGAUGCCCAUCGCCUCCAGAUCAAGUGUGAACAAGCCCAGAGACUGGUACAAGAGCAUGUUCAGGCAGAUUCACAGGAAGCCAGAGGAAUCUGAGCAGGAGGAUUUAGAGCAGUGGUCCGCUGAACGGCUCCAGUCAUCUGCCAACACUGGAGAAAGCAAUGAAGCAGACAAGAAUCUCUUCAGACUAACCCCUUAUGGAGCUCUGCCAGACUGGAGUCAGGAUGUAGAUAAGCUGUCAGACCCGGGAAAGCAGCACUCUCAACCGAAGAGCAUAUUCGACUUUGAGCCUGGAAAGAGCAGCACCUCAGAGAGCCGCAGCCAGGCUCAUUUAUCCCCGAAGAAACAGCCUGAGAAACCAAAGUCCCCUUCCAUUGAGGCCAGUCUGGUCUCCGAGCUGAGUCGAUUUGAGGCCGAGUUGGACUCGGAGAUCCAGGGCCUGGAGAGGAGACUUUCCCAGAAGAAGCAGCAUCGAGGCCGGGGUGAGGAGGCCAGAGGCCGAGAUCGAGCAACUGCUCCAAAGAGUACAGCAACUACGAACUACAGCAAUUCAUCAGCGUCAAGGCAGCCUGUCCUUCGCUCUGCUGGCCCAUCAUCGACCUCUGCAGCCACAUAUGUAGAACGUCUUUCCCCUGCAAAUGAAACCAUGGCGCUCCCACCUAAGAAAGAGGAGAAAAAGAUGAAAGCAGCGCGAGCCAAAUUCAAUUUCCAGGCUCAGUCACCCAAGGAGCUCACGCUGCAGAAAGGCGACAUUGUUUACAUCCACAGGCAGGUCGAUGCCAACUGGUUUGAAGGAGAACAUCACGGAAGAGCAGGCAUUUUCCCCACGUCUUAUGUGGAGAUUUUGCCUCCCACAGAGAAGCCGACUCCUAUCAAGUCUCCCACUUUACAGGUGUUGGAGUACGGGGAAGCUGUGGCGCUGUUUAACUUCAACGCUGAUCUGCCUGUUGAACUUUCUUUUCGUAAAGGUGAGGUGAUCGAUAUAACCCGACGUGUUGACGAUAAGUGGUUAGAGGGGAGGAUCUCAGGGACCAACCGGAGUGGCAUCUUCCCGGCCAGUUAUGUCCAGGUCAACAAGAUGCCCCGUACCAAAUACUCAACGGACAACUACUCUUCUGGCCCCAUGUCUCCCAUCUCCCCUGGACCUCAGAGUCCAGGACGUCCACUCCACUCACCCUGCCCGCGGUCACCAUUAUCCCCUUUCACCCCCACAUCCCUCAGUCCCAAACCUGAGCACUCCCCCCUGAAGCCGUCCUCACCCGUACCUUAUGGCAGCCCAGCUUCACAGUCACGCUCCCCCACCCAGACACCCGUACCCAAAGAAAUGGCCAAUCAGUGGCCCCACAGCCCCACCAAAACCACUUCACCCACCAACCAGAACAACCACUGGGCUGGGACACACUCAGCUGACCAGAGCUUCACGGCUAGAGCUGUUUCACCCUCCACUCAGUCAUCAGCGUCCGCUCUCAAAGCAGGAACUCCCACAGCGAGCACUCCCAGAUACACUGACCCCCCACAGGGUGCAAUACCAAACCAGGCUGCACCAGCUAAUCCACAUGUGAACUCCAAGCCACAAACAAAAUUGCAAAACAACUUUGGGUCAAUAAUGGCACAACGUCAGCCAUACAAAGCUGUUUAUAACUACAAACCCCAGAAUUCAGAUGAGUUGGAGCUCAGAGAAGGAGACAUUGUACAAGUGAUGGAGAAAUGUGAUGAUGGCUGGUUUGUAGGUACGUCAGAACGGACUCGUGCUUUUGGGACUUUUCCCGGGAAUUACGUGGCACCAGUUUGACCUCCCCCACUUCCUGCUUGCCCACAUCCACCUGGACUCACAAGAGCUGAACCAAUCACUCACACUCACUCCAGCAGAUCGUGCUUUGACACCACAGCGUUUCUUUAUCCCACUCACCCACCACACUCUUACAUCUGGUUUAGUCAGACCUGCAUGUUCUUGCUGUUUUCCAGAACAGAGGUGAAGGCAGAGUCACUGAGUGGUUUCUCACCUCACCUCCCUGCAUGCCUGCAUAUGCGUUUCUCCAAGACUCGAGUGUUUCCACACACACACACACACACACACCACUUGAGAGGAAAGACUGAAUGCUGAUGAUACUGUUUCAGAUGCAAAGAAUGGACUUUUUUGUUCCACAACUAUUUGCAGCUGCAGGAUAUUUGCAUUCCUUCCCACUGAACAGCUGAGCAGUUCCCUCUGAGGUCCUGAUACAGUAUGAUGCUGCAUUCAGCUUUUUGUCACCAUCACAAACCACCACAGAGAAUUUUUUUUUUUUUCUUAGGAUGGCACAUUUUUCUGGUAUUUCGAUGGAUUAAUGUUUCCUUCACAUAUCUUCCUCAGAUUUUCUUUCAGAUCUCUGAAAAAAUCCCUGGCCGUGUUUGAGGAAACAACACCGACAUCUGUAGAUACGUGCUUACAGUAAAGCGCAGUCAGGGCUCAGAUGUGUCAAGCUUACAGCCCUUCACUUGGUUAUGCAGAAGACCCAAUGUAAUCAAUGCAUGUACUGGUUUCUUGAGCAAGUUGAUCAAUUUUACUAAAGCCAUGGAGUGGGAUGCUAAAGGUGACAGUGAAGAGACUGAUCAGAUUCUGCCUUGUUCUUUAACAGAACUUGUUAUGGUCUGAGAUUAAAUUCCAGUCCAUAAUCCUGAAUUAGAUCAACUCGGGGUUGAAACAAGACAAUUCAGCUUAAACUUUAGUGAUCUUUAAAUUUUUUGCUGUUCGUGCCAAAUCUAACCUCUCAUGACUUUUCUCUUUUAAAUUCCCCACUCAACAAUCCCAGCUUACUUCAUUUCUGCUCCGUGUGUGUGUCACUUUGACAGUAUUUCCAAAACCACUAACUGUAUGUUUGUAUCAGUGCAACCUUUGACAAAUGUGGCCUUUCUAAGCCUAAUGAGAAAUUCUUAUCAUGAAGUCAUUUUGCAAAUGUAUGUGACAUAUUCAUGAUUUCACUGUAAAAAUUAGUCCUAUUUAGUAGCCACAGGAGAUGAUUGUACAGAUUGUAACCUUUUAUCAAAUUGAAAGUAUAAUAUAUAUUUGCUUGUAUGGUACGCAAUUUUUUAAAAAGUAAUUAAACGUUACAGAGUGACACAGA